AUUGUUGUGUCCAGUCAGACCUUAAAAGACUUUGGUCAAGACAAGAUGUACGCCAUGUACGCUGAUGAGAAGAGUCUGUGCACGCACAGUGUCCAGUCCGACUCGGGUUUUGAUUGUUGAUGUUCUGCUACAACGGGUAACCUACUAGAAAUGAAUUCAGUCAUAAUGUUGUUUCAUUAAUUGAUAUCUUUACGUAGUAAACGCUUCAUCAGAUUUCAAAGAUUCCACAUUCCUUAUUUCAAGUCUCUCCAUCGACGUAUCUCCGGCGUAUCUCACUUUCAGGGGCCCGAAAGUGCAUCCACGAUCUCUCUUCUUUCACGCAGACCUCGUGUCCUUACAUGUGAUCAUCCUAUAGGCAAUCAAUAAACAUUAUAAUGGUCAUCAGCGAUGACUUCGGACAAUAGUCAGUCAGUGCAUUGGAUGUCGGAGUACGUACCGUCUAUUUGGUAUAAGCAUAGACCAUAGAGCUCUCUAAUAGCUCCAUGCAUAGACCAUAGACUUAGACUGUUUUGAAUGCUGCACAUGGUCCUCGUCACCUAUAAACCAUCCAGAUCUUAAGUCUGCAUGGAGGGAGAACUAGAGAUUGAUUGGAGCAAGACUCAGAUCCAGCAUCAUUACAGAAAUCAUGGCUGUAAAGAUCUGUUAUACGAACUCGAGGAUACUUUUCGCUCUGAUGUGUUUCUUGGGAGUAGCUAAUUUUAACACACUCCGUAUCAACCCGAGUGUUGCCAUCACUGCUAUGGCAGCAUCCAAUCACGGUUCAAGCAACUCGACACGUGACCACAAUGCGACCAAUCACGGCUGUUUGAACCGAAAUGAAGACGUAGAAGGAAAUCACACUGAUGAUAUUACGCCUGAGUUUUCUUGGAGUAGUCGAACACAAGAGCUUCUCCUCUCUGCAUUCUUCAUCGGGCUACCCAUAACCCAACUCCCAGGCGGGUGGAUCGCCGACAGAGUAGGCGGGAAGUGGGUAGUAGCGACCGGAGCUGCGAUGACUGCCAUUAUGAACAUGCUUGUACCAGUAGCGGCCCGAACAGGAGCAUCAUAUUUCUUCGUAGUCAGGUUAUUAGCUGGGAUUUUCGAGGGUGCUGUAGUACCAGCCAUGUUCACACUGAUCAGUAACUGGACUACGAACAAGACCAAGACUAGAGUCACAUCGUUUGCAAUGGCAGGUAAUCCAUUUGGGCUGGCGAUAGGACAAAUUGUAUCAGGUUUUAUCUGCUCUACCCCUCAGCUUGGAUGGCCUUUCUCAUUCUACAUCUUAGGUUCCAGUUAUCUUACUUGGGCCAUCCUAUGGGUUCUUAUAAUACGAGAGAGUCCGAUUGAAACGAAGGAAAAUUUAGAGGUUGAAGGCCAGUCAGAAAAGAAAGAGAGCGAAAAGGACAGUCAGAUUAAAAAGCCUAGCGCCACUGUACCAGUCCGUGACCUAUUGACGUCACUUCCUGUAUAUUCAUUUAUUCUGAUCCGGUUUGGGAUACAAGGUUGGGUUGUAGGAACUCUUCUUACCAACCUUCCACUAUAUAUGAAAUACGUCCUUGGAUUCUCCAUUAGAGAGAUUGGAUUACUAGCGUCAAUACCAUAUGUUUGUCAGACGAUAAUAUCGAUGAUGACGUCACAGGUGGCCGACUUUUUGAUUGGUCGAAAUAUCAGCGUUACGCUUAUUCGCAAGGCAAUGAUGUGCAUCGGUGUUGUGAUCAUCGUUGCAACACUCCUUCCGGUUUCCUUCAUCGGUUGCAAUCGGUUCCUCGGUUUGGGUUUGAUCGUAGUAGCGGCCACGGGAACCGGAAUCACCUAUCCGUCAAUUUUCUCUAACGCAGUGGACCUGGCACCUCGGUUUUCGGGUACGCUGAUGGGUCUUGCAAAUACCGUCGCACUAUCCGCCAGCUUUAUAUCACCAAUAGUAACUGGAUAUUUAGUGACGGACCAGUCAGACCCGGAGCAAUGGAGAGAUGUCUUCUAUAUCGCUUCAGGAAUCGCAGUCUUUGUCGCCAUCGUCUUUCAAAUAUUUGGAUCUGGAGAGGAACAAGCUUGGGCCAGAAACCCCGAGAAAGAAGAGGAAAAAUAUACGGAUAAAUCUAUUCAUGUCAGCCAUAUAAGCACCAAUGCAGUUUCCUAUGUGGUCCCUACCAAAAAUGAUUACCAGAAAGAAGAUUUAGAAGAAGGAUGCCAUUCGAACCCUUCGCUUGAUAUAGGCCUAGAUUUGUGAGGUUAACAUUAAUUUAUUCAACAAACGUAGAUAGUGACCCAUCUUCGCUGAGAGCUGGGAGGUAGAAAUUCCCUGAUCUUACAGGCCAGCAGCCUGUUAUGUCGAAAUAGCAAACCCCUUGAGAAUGUCGUACAAAAAAAUAAAAAUGAUUUUAAGGCAAACUUUUAACGGUUUGAAAACCUAAGAUAUUGUUCGAGAAAGAGAGAACCAUUUGCAAAAAUUUCUCUCUUUUUUCCUUAAAACUUUGUCAAACUAAAACCGUGCAUGUUCGGCGAGCUCUAUUUUGGGUCACAAUGUUGGACGUCGCAAAACUUUCGAGGCGCAUUUGGAGAGGGAAAAAAUUGCCCGUUGUAUAUUGAAAUAUAUUUCAACUGCACUCCAAAUACAUUUUUAUUAGGUUUGGGCAUUCGAACGACAUCCAAUUUUUUUAUUUUAUAAUGAUAAGAAUGGAGAUACCAUUGUUAUUAAUAAGUAGCAUCUCUCUCGAGUUUCAUCUUUCCAUCACACAAGUCAUAUUUUGAUAUAAUAAAAGGCCAAGGAGACUUUUCACACAGUGAAUUCUUGCCAUAAGAUCAUGAACGCUAUAUAGGAUACCUUUGAUACGCGUACUUUUACAAAAUAAUCAGAAAUCUAUUGUGAAUUUCGGUUUAAAUUAAUAUUUAAUUUUUUUAUUUUUAUUAAAAGUAAACAUUUUAUUUUUAAUAAACAUUUGAUAUGAAUAUAUUA